UAAAAUCCCCUUUUAGUAUAAAAAGAUUUUUCGAGGGACACAGAUUUAGAAUUCUCGUUACACUCAAAGCCUCCGGUGUUCCCAUCUAGGCUGCUGCUUCUACCUCACCUCCCAUCUUCGUCUUCUUCUUCCUCGACAUCUUCUCUGUGACGGGGUUUUAGAUUCUUGUAAUGUGCAAGUUAUGAUCAAGUUACUUGUCGGUUUAUAUUCUGGUUCGGGGGCUUUUCUUUGUCUUCGGGUAUGUUCACGACGAUGAAGAACAAUUUCAAAGAUUCUGAGCACUUCCAUCUCUCAUGGACCUUCUCCAAGCUGAUCGCCUUCUUCUUUCUCUUAGUCUCUGUCUCUUACCUCAUCUACUCCCUUCGAUUCGUUACCCAUUCUUACGACUGCGAACAGCAAAACCCCCUGCCUUUAGUUAGCCAUGUCCAGAUAUCACCUUCGAUCGAUGACGCCAUUGAAGAGAUCCCAAAACCCUCCGAUGAAACCAAUAUUUCUCACAUCGUCUUCGGAAUUGGAGCUUCAGCGAAGCUAUGGAAGCAGAGGAAAGAGUACAUCAAGCUCUGGUGGAGACCUAAACAGAUGCGAGGCAUCGUUUGGCUCGAUCGGAAGGUAGACACCGACUCUAAGGACAAAAACCUGCUUCCCCCAUUGAAGAUUUCUGAGGACACCGCUAGGUUUUCAUACAAAAACCCUAAAGGGCACAAAUCAGCGAUUCGAAUCUCGCGCAUCGUUUCCGAGACGCUUAGGCUCGGGAAUACGGAGGGCGUGAGGUGGUUCGUGAUGGGGGAUGACGACACUGUGUUCGUGACGGAGAAUUUGGUGAAGGUCUUGCGGAAAUACGAUCACAAUCAGUUCUAUUACAUUGGGAGUUCGUCGGAGAGUCACUUGCAGAACAUAUAUUUCUCUUACAAUAUGGCUUAUGGCGGCGGUGGAUUUGCGAUUAGCUAUCCUUUGGCAGUGGCUUUGGAGAAAAUGCAGGAUAGGUGUAUCCAGAGGUACCCCGGUUUGUACGGCUCAGAUGAUCGGAUUCAGGCGUGUAUGGCGGAGCUCGGUGUGCCCCUCACCAAAGAGCGAGGAUUUCAUCAGUUUGAUGUGUAUGGGAAUCUCUUUGGGCUUCUGACAGCCCAUCCAAUUGCCCCGUUGGUCUCGCUUCACCACUUGGACGUGGUUGAGCCCAUAUUCCCUAAUGUGACCCGGGUCCAAGCCCUGAAGCGGCUUCAGGUGCCCAUGAAGCUCGAUCCGUACGGCCUCAUCCAGCAAUCCAUUUGCUACGACAAAAAACGAACCUGGACCGUAUCCGUGUCUUGGGGCUACGCCGUUCAGAUAUUUCGGGGCACCUUCUCGCCCCGAGAAAUGGAGAUGCCUGCGAGGACCUUCCUGAACUGGUAUAAACGGGCCGACUACACCGCCUACCCCUUCAAUACCCGACCCGUGUCACGCCAUGUUUGCCAGAAACCGUUUGUUUAUUAUUUAUCUGGUGCAGUCGCUCUGAAUAAUGUGACGAAGCUUGAGUAUGUAAGGACCGAGUCGAACCCAGAAUGCCGGUGGAAAAUGGAGGAUCCUUCGCAAAUCCAGAGAAUCGAGGUCUAUAAGAAACCCGACCCGCAUUUGUGGGACAAGUCUCCAAGAAGGAAUUGUUGCAGAGUAGUGCCGACGAAGAAGAAAGGAACAAUGGCGAUCGACGUGGGAGAAUGCCGAGAAGACGAAGUUGUUGAACUGUAGGCAGAUAGAUAUAUGGGAAACAACGCACCUUUGCUGUUUCCGAAGCGAAGAGGGCAAAAAUCCUUUGCUGUAUUCAUAUAUUCAUAUCUCAAUGAUUCUCUUUUUCAUUUCCUCCCUCCCUAUUUUUCUGUUCAAAUUGAAAUCAAAAUUCUUUUUAGAUCUUGUUAAGGGAGAGAGUGGAACAAUGAAAAUGAGGAUGACAGAGUAAUGCAAAUGAUUCCCAUGUUUUGUGGUGGGUUUACUCAUUCAGGUGAGACACUGACACAUUCCUCAAUCCGUAUGUCUUGUCUCUUGCCA